UGGAAGGAGAGAGGUGAACUGUAGGUUCUGCAGGAGAGGACUGAACCUGGGUGUGCAGGGCCUCAGGCAAAGGCUUUGGCUGCUCAGUUGAGCUGGUGCUAGAGUCUCUUCCAUCUGGAAAUCAGCCGUGCCCGUGUCUUUCACAAGAGCAGGAACGACACAGCGUUCACAGAGCACUGCUGGCUCUCUAGGUAACACCUACGGCACGGGGCCCUGGUGACUCAUGCACCGUUCAGCUUUGGUUUAGGAUCUCAGCGGGGUUUAAACACCAGGUGUCAGAGGAGCAGCGAGUAUUGUGGAAAAGGGAUGUCUAUUCCUUUGUACAAAUGAAAUCAAAGGUGAACCUGGUGGAUUCAAAGCGCAGAAAGUUAGGUGCUUUUCAGUGUUGAGCCAUCUGCUUCAUGAAGGAAUGGAACAAAGGAUCCCAGCAUGAGGUCGCUUUAUCCCACUUCAACUGGUGCUUGCACUUGGGCUUCAACAAGUACAGCUAUGCUGAUUUAAAAAAGUAAUACUAGUAAUAAAUAGACUCUAAAUAUUGGUAACACUUUCAAGUGUAAAGGAGAUUAAAAGUGAAUGCAGCUUUUGAAUAGUUAGAAAAACAGAUGCCAUUCGAACCAGUUCUGGGAGAAGUGUAAUUAGCUGAAGUCAUUUUCACAGGUAAGAUUUUGCAUUUAAAGGGACUGUGGUUUCUGGUUACUUCCAUUUCUAUGUGGUCACUGUGGAGUUACAUUAGGGAUGCCUGUUUGUCUGAAAGUGUUGACUGCUGCUCUUUGAAACUUGGAAUUCCUGCAGAGUUUUUUCCACUGUCUGUUCCUGAAAAAUCUGAACAAUCUAAGAAAACUCAAGCGAUAACACAGGCCUGAUGCUUAAAUUCAGGCUUUGUAAACUACUGCCUUUUGAAUUUAUAUCUGCAAACAGAAAAAGUUGCUUUCUGUACUUGUGUGUUAAAUUCAUGUUUAUUUUUUUCUUGAGAAACAUCAAUUCUUACUGUCAGUGAUACAGCAUCAAUAUUGUCAGCCAGUGAGUGAAUGAACUGCUUCUGAUAAUUUUGUCUUUAAUGGAGUAUUUUGAUAGAGUGGCUGCAGUGGAUAUUGCUGUGACAGUCAGACUGUCCCUGUGUGUUCACCUGUGGAUGUGCUGCCAAGAGGGAGUGUCAGGAGUGCCUGCCUGGGCACUGGUGGGGUGCUGGGCCACCCUUGUUGCUGACAGGGUGGUUUCACAGCAAGUUUUCAGCUGGAUGCCUCAAGGAGGGAAUGUGAUGUCCUGCUCACCUUGCUGCAGGAGCCCCAGUCACAGCUGACAGGGAUAGCAGUGUGAAGCAAAGCAAGGAAGAUGCAGUUCAACUGGCCAAAUCCUAUCACUGAUCCUGUAAACAUUUUGUGACUUAAACCUGGUGAGGGACAAUCCUGAGGCAAGAUUUUUUAAACACAGGUUGAGUCCCAAGAAGUAUUGUCUUACCUGGAGCUCCUGGAGGUGCUGUUUUGAGUUGAACUGAAAUAGUGUUGGAAUCAGAGGGGAGUGUUGUUGUCUUCUUCCUUUGCAGAUAAGACUGAAGGGCAUUUUGCCAGGAGCCUGUGGGAAGGACCUAAAUUGUCUGGGAAAGAAACUCGAAGUCGUGAGUCUGGUGGAGCCCUGAGCGUUUCCAAACGCCCUGCUCUGAGUUCAUCCCACCAGUCGGUCUGUGCAGCGUGAGAACUGCCCCGUAACACUAAACCGCUCCGGGUGCAGAUAACGCCUUAGGAACCUUCCUCCUGGCGGAACGAGCCUGCUGUCGGUCAUGGGCAGCUCCGAUGAGACAGCACAUGCCUGUAUAUGUAUCCAUAUGCACCUAAUAGGGAUGUGGUAUCAGCUGGCCGCGGUGAACAAAUUCACGUUGCUGUAAAGGAAAGUGCUUUGUAACUGUGAGUGCCUGAAUGCAUCAGCCUUUGGAUGCGAGCAUCUUCCCCUGAAAUAGCCUUGUGAUAUCCAAGUGCCUGCUCUCUUGGGAGGUCCCUUGGAAGAGCCUGUCUGUUCGUCUGACUGGGUGUGUGACAGGGCUGCCUUGCUUCCAGAGCUGAACCAUGUCCCACCCGUCCUGGCUGCCACCCAAGAGUACCAACGAGCCUCUUGGUCACAUUACUGCAAGGAUGGAGACCACACACACCUUUGGGACUCCCAGCAUCUCUGUGUCCACCCAGCAGACCCCAAAGAAGUUUGCACCUGUGGUUGCCCCCAAACCAAAGUACAACCCAUACAAGCAACCAGGAGGUGAUGGGGACUUCCUUCCUCCCCCGCCCCCUCCUGUGGAUGACCUUGGGAACAUCACAUCAUCACAAGGUGCCUUUCCCCCACCACCCCCUCUGGAUGAUGUUACUUACAAUGUGCAGGUGAAGCCUGGUGGCAAGACGCUUGAGGAGAGGCGGUGCAGUUUAGAUGCAGAAAUCGACUCUCUGACCAGCAUCCUGGCCGACCUAGAGAGCAGCUCUCCAUACAAACCUCGGACUCAACAGGGUUCUGGGACUUCAAGCAGCUCCGCUGCCACCACCCCAUCCGUGUCCACUCCUGUCACUGGCCACAAGCGGAUGAUCAUCCCCAACCAGCCUCCUCUCACCGCCACCAAGAAGUCCACUGCCAAGGGCCCAGGGCAGCCAGCGCCCAUCCCGGUCACUCCCGUUGGCACCCUGAAGCCGCAGCCGGUGCCGGCCUCCUACGCCACGGCCUCCACGCCGAGCCGCCCGGCCUUCAACGUGCAGGUGAGGACGGCGCAGCCCAGCCCUCACUACCAGCCGCCCAGCCCGCAGCCCGGGCACUAUGGCAGCCUGGGGCCCGGCCAGCCCUAUGCCACCGCGCCGUCCCGCCAGCCCGCCGCCCCUCAGUACGGAGCGCCACAGCCCCACGGGCCCAACUACGGCUAUGGCCCUCCGGCCGGCCGGCCCGCCGAGCCUGCCUACGGAUACGCGCCCCCGCAGGGCCGCUACCAGGACCCCUACUACGGGGGGUACGGCGGCAGGAACGGCUCCGAAGCGCCCUACGUGCCGCAGAGCUCCUGGAAGGCCGAGCCGGCGUACCCUGCCAGUAAUGCCAUGGGCCAGGCUCCCCCUGGGCUCUACCAGCCACCGGGCACGAAGAAGACCUACAUCACAGACCCGGUGAUGGCCCCGCAGGUGCCCACCCUGCAGCAGAAGAGUGGGUAUCCAAGCUCUGGACCUGCAUCAAGCACACCUGCCUUCAGGCCUGAGGAUGAGCUGGAACAUCUGACCAAGAAAAUGCUGUAUGACAUGGAGAAUCUUCCCUCUGAUGAGUACUUUGGACGCUGUGCCCGCUGCGGGGAGAAUGUCGUUGGAGAAGGCACUGGUUGUACAGCCAUGGACCAAGUCUUCCAUGUGGAGUGUUUCACCUGUAUAACAUGCAAGAGCAAGCUGAGGGGACAGCCCUUCUACGCUGUGGAGAAGAAAGCCUACUGUGAACCUUGCUACAUUAAAACUCUGGAGCAAUGCAGCGUCUGCGCAAAGCCCAUCAUGGAGAGGAUCCUCCGAGCCACUGGGAAGGCCUACCAUCCCCACUGCUUCACCUGUGUGAUGUGCCAUCGCAGCCUGGACGGGAUCCCCUUCACUGUGGAUGCUGGUGGCAACAUCCACUGCAUUGAGGAUUUCCAUAAGAAAUUUGCCCCAAGGUGUUCUGUGUGUAAGGAGCCCAUCAUGCCAGCCCCGGGACAAGAGGAGACCGUGCGCAUUGUUGCCCUGGAUCGCGACUUCCAUGUCCAGUGCUACCGGUGCGAGGACUGUGGUGGCCUCCUGUCUGAAGGGGACAAUCAGGGCUGUUACCCUCUGGACGGGCACAUCCUUUGCAAGACCUGCAACUCUGCUCGGAUCCAGGCUCUGACUGCCAAGGCCAGCACUGAUCUCUGAGGAUCAACUGUGACCCUCCCCAGGAUGCCCAUUGGGGGAUAUUGCACAAGCUUUGCAUGAUUUCUUUCCAGCCUAGGGUCUGAAACUCUGACACUUAAAAAAAAAAAAAAAAAAAAAAAAAAAAAGUAAAACUGGAAGGCCUUGGAACAAGAGGGCAGUUUGAGAGGCCAUGUUCAGACUGCCCACGACAGGCACCUAAUUUAGACACAAGCGUUCAGGAGGGCAGUGAGUGAGGUAGAGCAGCUGCUCUCUCUGCAGCUGAUGGAGUUAAGGGUCACAGCACCUAAGUUAUCUGCCUGUAGGAGUCUGAACAUGGUCCUUACUAUGUUUCUGUGUUUGAUUCCUGUUUCUUAAGAAGUACAUGAAGGUAGAGGGUGAAAGAUGGCUGAGGUUCCUGCCAAUGUAUUCUGAGAACCUGACCAGCUCUCAUUGAAGUCAUGGGACAUCAAUGUCUGCUGGUGAUUUUAAUAGGAUCUGUAUCACCAGCAGAAGUAGCUCCACUGUCCUAGAAGGAGAGCAGACCCAGCAUUAACACAAACAGUGCAACUGCAACUGUACUGCACCUGAGUGUAGGUGUGAUCUUGUAUCCUUGGGACAGAUGAGUUAUUUCUUAGGCCCUUACUUGUCUCCACUCCCUUCCAGUUCAAUAGGAUUUUUCUUUUACUCAUGAAAGUCUACUUAGCUAUUGCAUAAAUUUAUUCAGUAGUGAUGCUUCCAAUUCACAAUGUAUGAGAAAUCACAGAAAGAUGUGAGCUUGCACACACGGUGCACUACAUACUCACUACACACUACACACAAAACAUGCUUUUGAUUUACCAGAGGCAUAAGCCAGUCAUGUCCAUUGAGCAGAUCUUUAAGGGAUGUGGGGCUGGAAAUACAUUUCUAAAAUCCCAGUGGUUAAAAAAAAGAUGAAAAUGACUACACAGAACUGCAGUGCAAAGCGAUGCUCAAAAAAAUCUUACGCCACUCUCAUACAGCCCAUUCGAGUGGGACCACUGGCAAUGUUGGUCUCUGGGUAGACAUUCAAGCAAUAAAGUCUUACUCCAUCUCCUGUUAUUGCAAUGGGAGGAUUUUUCUUCAACAGUAACAGGGAUUGAAUCAGGCUUUGGGAUGAUAAACAUUUCUUUGAUGUUAACACAUGUGUUCUGUAUUUUUCAAUAAAAAAAAAUCAGAUCUUGUUUCAACAGCAGCAAAAAAGAUCCUCCUAAAUACAUGUUCAGUUUUCAUCCUAAGAAAGCUAAAGAAAGUAUUAAGCCCUUCACUAUGCCUUUCCAGAAAGCAGGCAUAUUUUUUUUCUUCUUCCAUUUUCAUCCCAGCCACUUAUAACUUGCCUCUGGUGAAAUUCAUGGCAGUAGAGUGCUGGGCCAGCAAUAGCAUUUUCAUCUUCAGUCCAGAAUUAAUAUACAGGCCAAGGUAAAUAAAACCUGGGCAUAGGAAAUAAUUUUUUUUCACAUGAAUGUGGGUAUGGGUUUUUUGUUUUAUUUUUUUUUAGUUUGGUUAAUUAAAAACAAAUCAAAAACUUUAAAAUCUAUGGCAUUCUGAGCAGCUAUAAUAGUCUUGUUCAUGAAACCCGUAAUAACUAAGGUGCAAAUUACAUAGUGAGGGAGUAAUUUUCAUAUCACUGAAUUGACAUUAAUAUCUUAUUUGCAGAUGUAAUCAAGGAAAAUACCUUUCUUUGCACUUAAAUUAAGAAGCAGAAUUGAAAUAGUUGCAGUCUGAUUGACCAUAUAAGUGACAAACUGGCACUUUUCAAGAGUAAGUUAUAAGAUUUUUAUUCAUGCAUCCCACUGAAAAACAAUAAGAAUGUGGUGAUUUCCUUUUUGUAUCAGGUUUCUGUUACAGAGAAUAAUUACAUCCACUAAUGCUGAAAAGUUAGAUGAGCUGAACUGAUAGGAAACAAAGGAAAAAUUGUGAUGUGAUACUGCAGCUCCUGCAAAUGGUGCACUUCCUUUCACUUUAGCACUAACCUUUCUGGAAGAGCACUGUGAUAGUAGCUUCAGCUGUCUGUGGUAAAUUCAAAUGCAGAAAUACCAGUCUGAAACCUCCAUUCCUUACAUGGUUUAUAUGUUGGCAAACUUCGCCAGUCAGGGAAGUUUCCCAAAAUUAACAGCUUGAAAUGAAUCCGUCUUUGUAGAAGGGUGGCAUCAUUGAGCAGAAGAGUUUUCCUUCACCACCAUAGAGGCUGUGCUGAAGCAGUUUGACUUUUUAUACUGGAUUUCUACCCUGGCCAGCAAGAAUGUUGCUGCCUCAGACAUAAACAGAUUUUUUGGCACCUUGGCUCCCACCAGGUUCCACCUGGGCUCCUGCUCCCUGAACCGUGGCAUGUAAGGUCCUUCUGAGCUCGUUUCUUGACAAGCAGUCUGUGCCACCACCAGUCCAAAAACCUUGCAAAUACUGAGCAAAUCUAGUUUGAACUAACCCUACAAAAACAAGGGAGGUCAGUGCUGGGAUACAAGCACAGGUGAUAAUGCGAUGCACUGGGGUGCAGAAUGAGCCGUUCAGCAGGCAGAAAAUGUAGCUCUGGCCUUCCUUACUCUUGUGAGUGUUAAAUCAAGUGACUGAUGAGACUCUCUGAAUAACACUGGGGCAAUUGAUGGCAACCUUUGAAGCAGCUGUGCCUUCCAGCACAGAAUGUGGCCUAGACUAAGGAGAGGACCCAAGUUCAGAGCCUUUGGGCUUUUUACAGCCCUGCCACAGGCUGAACUGGAGUGAGUCAUAUCACUCCUUGUUUUCUGCCCUCUGCAUGAGAGAGCUUCUUUGCAGUUUCCCAGAGACAUUAUGGGGAUUAAACUAAUCACAGACUAGCCCAAACUACUGAUUUCUGGUGCUCUAUUUUCUCUUUCCAGAAAAGUUUGCUGGUAUGUAGGCCUGGGAUUCCAGCUCAUUUCAAUGCAUGUGGCCAGGAGAUCCAGCUCUGAAUCCUCUCUGUUAUGAGAGUGCUGUGGUGAGUUGGGCUGGCAUGCAGGGAGGUGAGAGCCAAACUUUUGAAGUAUUAAAUACUUUAUGGAUGAAAUAGGAUUGACAAAGAUUGAACAGUAUUGAUGUUUGAGGUGCUGUGACUGGUUUCUAGACCUGACACAUCUGUGCAAAGGUACUGUGAUGGGGUUUUUUUCACCCCUAGACACCAAAGCCAUCUGCCUGGAAGGAGUGAGUGUCCAAAAGCCUCGUCUUUAUUCUGUGGGGCUUUAUUUUUCAAAAUAGCUAUAAAUAUAUUUGAAAGAUGUUGUAUAUACAUCACAGAGGCUCUCAUCAUCCACAUGUAUAUGGUAAUCUCUCUGCUGAUGCUUCAGGAUUUAAUUAGGAAAUGCUGGUGGGAUUUAUCUCAAUUGCACUGCAAUUAAGAACCACUGGGAUAUGGCUUCAUCACAAUAUUUAUCACAUAUUUAUAAUAUAUCAUGUUUAUCUCUUCCAAAGAAGGAGUCUUUUUGCCAAAGAGACCUUGGUUUUUCAAAGUUGGACCUUCUUAGCCAUGACAAAAAUUCACAUCAUCUGGCUGUGGUAACGUCCAAACUGUUCCUUUCAGAAAGAGUUGGAAGAUCACACAAACAUUUCUGUUCAAGUCUGCAGUUUCUGCUUAUGCUGCUUUGUCUUUGUCUAGCAUUUUUUGGCAAGUAGGGCCUGAUCCCAUGAUUUGUGUGGCCAGACAGGGCCCAGGAUCAGGUUCUAAUUUAGCAAAAUAUUUAAGUCCCUGGGGUUUGUUUAAGCACGGACUUAAAACCAUUGCAUGGUGUGACAUAAGCCAUUAAUACCAGACUGGUUCUUUAUCCCCUGAUCAUACAGGUUUGAUCUGGGUAGGAUGUGGGCACAGUCAAAUUUCUAUCAAAUUACCCAGAGCACAGGAAAUGGCUCCUGUGUCACCCUUAUGCCAACUGUAGGAAAAUACCACAGCUGAUCAAAUGUAGCAUUUAGAUGACAGGAGGCUGAGUUGUUACAAGGUGAGUGCUUUGUGUUGGGUGGCUGUGGCACCUUCCAUAUGUCACAAGUAGCCCUACAGCCAGAUUUACUGUAUCUUUGAGCAAUGGCUUUAAAACUGUCUACUUAAACUUUCUCCAGGAGACUGGGUUGCCUUGGUUACAGCCCAAUCCUUAAGCAUAUCCCCAAGGCUAACACUAGCAUUUUGUGAAUGUGAUGGUUUUAUUGUCACUUACUUUAUUCACUGAACAUUGCUUUUAAAAACAGAAAGCCACAUCAAUUCUUUAGCCUAUCAGAUAACAAGCCUUUAAUUUUGGUUUUGGGAGGGGUGUUAAUAUUUUAAUUCUUAGAUUUUUAUCAUGGCUGCAAAACACUUGGGUAAUGACUUAAUCAUAGAGGUGUGGGAGUACCGAAGUGUUUGUCACUCUACAUAACCGUGUUCAUCCUGAUAGCAGGAGCGAGACUUUCACAAAACACAGGCCUUAAGUUGAUUUUCUGCCUAUCAGCAAAAUGUGCCUGAGAAGAAUGAGAAAAAAGUGUCUUUAAAGAAAUGGUGGUUGUUAAAGAGAACACAUGACAAGUCUGUCUGAAAUCUCUUUGGACCUGUUAUGGCUGCUGCCUGGCUGUGGUUAACUCAAGCCUGGCUUAGUCAGGUUUUAUCAGCAUUUAUCAGUAUUGAUAAAUGCUGGUUCCUUUUGAUUUUGAGAAAGUCUGGAAGGCAAGGGAUAACAGGACCCAAGAGAAGGUUCUUGAGAGAAAUCCUGUGUCAAGGAUAGACACAUGGUGCUUGUGCUGAGUGGCUCCAAAAGGGUUUGAGUUGCUGACUGGUGUCUGUUGGUGUCUGGUUCCUGCAGUUGGGGCACAGUGUUGAUUUGCUGUUUGUUCAGCAGCCUGGGUGGACAACACCUCACACAGGUUCAGUACUGCAAGCUGGGACUGUUGGAGAGGAGGUGUUGAACCAUCCCAUGGUGGUGAAAUUCCCACGAGAAAACACCAGCAAUGGUAACUGAGGGUUUGUUGUGGAAGGAGGGCAGGAACGGCUUCAUAACCUACAGGUUAGUAAAAUACAGACCAAGAAAGCUGUGAGAACACUAUUUCCACUUAAAUCUGGUUGCAAUUUUUACUCUAAAUUACGUGAUACCAGAAGGGCCAUUUUUUAAUGAGAAGGUCUCUUUGCAAUGUUACCCACAACAUUUUCAGGGGGUCGUUUUUGCUGUUAUGAUUAAAAUUAUACUGAAUUUUUAUCUAAAUAAAUUUCAGAAUUGCUAACAAAUAUUUUUAUUUCUCAAAGAUCCAUGUUGUCUUUCACAGUUUUUUGUAGUUCUUGGGUUUCUUCUACUGGCAGAUUAAAGUUUCUGUUACCAUUUUGAAAAUUUCUUUGGAUAAAAAUUCUAUUAAAACCAAGCAAAUGUUCUUGGGAAAUGGUUCAGUAUUGGACCUGGAGAAAUAAAAAAAGCUUUGAAAGUUUUCACAAAAUAUUUUUUCCCAAUUUUUAACUAGUUUUGCUGAUUUUGAAGUCACUGUUUCCUUUGUUAGAAUAAUCCAAGUAAAUAACAGUGUUACUUCUAUUGGAUUCAUUUUUCUUACCCAUCUUAAAGCCAUGGAGUGGCUGGCUAUAGGGACUGCCAGUAUCUUUUUCUGUGGCAACUUCAAAUUUCUUAUUUGUUUUUAUCUUGAGGUCUCUUUCUGUUUGGCUUUUCCCCCUGAAAUUACUGAAGACUAUAAGCUCAUUAUGGCAACUGCCAUGAAAAUCAAGAGAUACUGAUUGAACUUCAUCUCCUUUCUGGGCUUGGGAAUGGUAUUUUUCCUUAAACAUUUCUAGAAAUAUUACCUGUCUUCCUCAGCAUUUCAACUUUUUAUUUGCAACAGUUGGUUUCCCAACUGGCAUUUGGAGCCUGAUAGAGAACAGACUUUACACCUGUGAAAUGAUAACAUUCACCCAGCAUCUAAAAAUCUAAGAGAAAAAACGUAACCUCAGUAGGUUUCCUGGUGGACAUUGAGCUCUCACUUUAGCCUGGAAAUUUUCUGCUGUAGUGUGAAAAAAUCUAAGUUCCACCCUUGCAGAGCAGUCUGGCAUACAGACACACACAUGUCAUGUGUUUGUGGGGCUGUAGCUGAGUAGAAAUACAGGCUGCAAUAUUGAUGACUGUUGCUUCUUAUACUCCACUGGGCUUUAUUCCUGACUACAUGUCCCUGGUCUCUUUGGCUUCAUGUAAUGUGUGGAAGCACAGGGUUUAUCACGGGUAGCAAGGACAUCCAGUUAAAACUCUUUUUUUUUUUUUUAAACUUUGCUAUUUGUCCAGUAUUCUCAUCCUACCUAGGUAUUUUAGAAAAUGAAGAAGGAAACAGAAGCCCCAGUGGUGGCAUUACCUUUACAAUUCCAGGGGUUAGAGUCACUCCCCAGGAACACCACACUUGGGGUGUCUCUGCUUUUCUGCCUCUGCCUCCCGUUGUCCACAAGCCACCCUCUUACCCACUUUUUCCAUGUCCUCAGUGUGCACUCAUCUUUGCAGUAAAGAUGGUUUCUUACUUACUUCACCGAGGUAUUGUGAGCCUUAGCUAGUAGUUGGAAAAACUUCUUCAGAUCUUUAAUCAAGCAGUUUUGUGUGUCCUUAGUAUCAGUGGCCUGCCAUAUGGAUAUCAAAGAAAAUUGUUAUAAUUAUUGCUUUUUAAAUGAUUAUGAAAUUGUGCCUUACUUUUUCAGUCAUAUUUAACCAUGUAAUUUAGAACCACAUGAUUGCAGGGAUUUACCAUGAAGAAAUAUAUUUGAAGGAUAGUUUGUUUUUUAAAUAUUUUUUUUCCUCAAAAAUGAUUUUAUUAGCUUUUCCUCUUUAUUUUUUCCUCCAGUUAUAUUCUUUUAAUAUGUUUGUAUAAAAGGGCAGCCAGAAUUUGCAUUCGUGAGAGACAGAAGAUUUUAUUUGGUGUUGUAUGUAAAGCUUUCAUUUUCUUUUAUGUUCCUUCAGGAAAAUUCCUCUCUCCCCAAUUACUCAUACUGAGAUGUCUUUAAAUGCAGGCUGACCAGUAAGGGUUUUUUGUUGUUGUUGUUUAAUUUAGUGUGUGGUUUGCUUUGUGGUUGUGGUUUUUCUUUUAAUUAACCAGAUAUCGGCUGCUGGGGAGGCAUUGCACAUUAAUGCAGAACAUUAAUGCUAAUUUUCACAGAAAAGACAAAAUUAGAGUCUUUCCCUGUCUCCAGUGCAGUUUGGUUACUGCUCUGUGUACAACACUAAUAUUAAGCCAGACUGUAAAGGCUAAAUACUCAGAGUGACCUACUUCCAUUCACCAGCAAGAAUCCUUUGUCAGCUGACUCCUGUUUGUUUGUUCAUUUUUAAAUGUCGGAUUACAGAACUAGCAUCUCCUAAAGAUGAAAGAAAACAGUGUUUUCAUGUGCAGGAAAUUUGGGGUUGCAGUAACAGAACAUUUUCUUUGUGAAUUUGGAUGUCAUGGUGUUUUAAGCUCCUGCCUGGAGCCUAAAUCAAUUUGGCCUCUCAUCCAGUUCAUCUAACUGGUGCUCCUAAAAGGCUGCAGCCCUGCAAAAGCUCAUGCAGCAUUUUUGGCUGCCUUCCCUUGCUCCCAUUUGGUACAUAUUUGCACAAUUUAACUGAGCUUUUCUUUCUGCUGAAGGUCAGAUGCAAGCGAUACGAAACACUAAACUUUAUAAACAAGCAAAACCAUUUCAACCACAGCAUUUUGGACUAGAAUGGAUUUUUAGGUGGCGCACUGUCUGCUGGCCUUUGGAGAGGGGAUCCUGAGACUGCAUUGGACUGGAACAGGAUGCAAAGCCACAAGCCUUGUUUUUUUUAAUAAACUACUUACUGUAAUCCAGCUACACAGUUUCAGCCUCACACUUCAGAAGAAGCUUCCAAUGGCUGUGCACGUACAGGCACUUUCUCUCUUGCAGAAAGUGAAACUUUCCCAAC